AUGGCUCCCAACAUUCCAGCCGACGAACCAGCCCAAAAGUAUCCUAAAGGCAUCUGGGCUGUGCUGCUGGGGCCACCCGGGGCUGGCAGGGGUACCCAGGCUCCCAGAUUGGCUGAAAACUCCUGUGUCUGUCAUUUGGCUACUGGGGACAUGCUGAGGGCUAUAUUAGCUUCUAGCUCAGAGCUGGAGAAAAAGCUAAAGGCAACAAUGGAUGCUGGAAAACUGGUGAGCAACAAAAUGGUGGUGGAGUUCAUUGAGAAAAAUUUGGAGACCCCUUCAUGCAAGAACGGUUUUCUUUUAGAUGGCUUCCCCCGGAGACUGAAGGCUGAUUCACCCAAUGAGUGGCCAUUCCUACCAUGA